CUUGGCCAAGCUCAGAAGCACUCUUCAAAGAGUCCAGGCUGGACCACCGGGGCUCCAGUGCGCAUGCGGAGCCGAUCUCGCGCGGGCUGAAGGGUGCCGCAGCCUGGCCUUGUGGGCGGAGCCUGACUAAGUGCCGCCCCCUCGACGGCAGCAGAUUGCAUUCUCCGCCCUCUGCGAUAUGGACUGCGCCGCAGCUUCAGUGAGCCGCGCGGGACCGGCCGGGGCGGGGCCUGGCCGACCCGGGUUUGGCGGGCGGGUCCCUAGGAAUGCUCUCAUCCCCGCCCCAAAGUGCCACGGUGGCGGUGGUGGCGGCCGCGAGGCUGAGUGCCUCCGGCCCUGCCAGCCUCACAAUCAUAACCUGUAAUCCCGACCUGAGGGACGUCCGCCGGGGAGGCGCCAGCCCGCUGCUCCCUGCGGCCGCUGGUCGCCUCCGACCUCAAAUCACCCGGCUCACUUGCGGGUCGCAGCACCUGCCGGAUGUGAGGAGGAAGGAGGAGGCCAGAUGAGGGAAGUCAGAUGUAGGCGCCCACUCUGUCCGCGCCUCGGUAGGGCAGCUGGGUGGGCAAGCCUGCAGUCGCUCCCAGCAACCAGCCCUGGGCUGCGGGGAGACGAAGUUGGUUGGUUCUGCCCUCCAACAGCGCCCCGACAUCGACGUAAAAUGACUUGGCACCAGAGCUCCUGCCGCCUCCGCCUAAUGCAGUUGCCCUCGCCGACGCCAGGGACUGUAAAGUUAGAUGUGACGAGGCCUAGUGGUUCACCCAACGCUUUGAGCUUCCCAGCCAAACUCCUACCCCCACUCCCCGCCUCCGGUCCUCAUCCCCUUCCUCUCUCCCAGCCUCGGUGUCUGGUUACGGCUCCUCUGCUUGCAUUGUGACUUUGGGCCAGGCUGGGGGAAAUGGCCCAGGAGGGUCCCUUGCGGCUGCAUAAAAUUGGCAGCCUUAGAACUAGUGGGAAGGCGGGUGCGCGACAUCGAGGGGCGGAGAGAGGGGGGCGGAGGAGCUGCUUUCUGAAUCCAAGUCCGUGGACUCUCUCAGAAGUCCUCAGGCCGGAGCAGAGGUGGCUGGCGGGCCCGGCUGACUGCACCCCUGCUUUCUUUCCAUCAUCUUCUCUUUCGGACUCGAAUCAUAGCUUCUCCGAAGGGCGUAGUCCAGGAUACUAGGGUGCCGAGAACGCGCUGAUGCUCCGAGUGCUCGCAGGGCUUCCACUAACCAUGCCGCCGCUGCCCGCAGCUGCCUUGGCGCUGCCUCUGCUCCUGCUACUGCUGGUGGUGCGGACGCCGUCCCCGACCGGCGCAAGGCCGUCCCCAGGCCCCGAUUACCUGCAGCGCGGCUGGCUGCGGCUGCUAGCGGAGGGCGAGGGCUGCGCUCCCUGCCGGCCAGAGGAGUGCGCCGCGCCGCGGGGCUGCCUGGCCGGCUUGGUGCGUGACCCAUGCGGCUGCUGCUGGGAAUGCGCCAACCUCGAGGGCCAGCUCUGCGACCUUGACCCCAAUGCUCACUUCUACGGGGGCUGCGGCGAGGAGCUUGAGUGCCGGCUGGACACAGGCGGCGACCUGAGCCGUGGAGAGGUGCCAGAACCGCUGUGUGCCUGUCGCUCGCAGCGCCCGCUCUGCGGGUCCGACGGUCACACCUACGCCCAGAUCUGCCGCCUGCAGGAGGUGGCCCGAGCUCGGCCCGAUGCCAACCUCACUGUGGCACACCCGGGGCCCUGCGAAUCGGGGCCCCAGAUCCUGUCGCAUCCUUAUGACACUUGGAAUGUGACAGGGCAGGAUGUGAUCUUUGGCUGUGAGGUGUUUGCCUACCCCAUGGCCUCCAUUGAGUGGAGGAAAGAUGGCCUGGACAUCCAGCUGCCAGGGGAUGACCCCCACAUCUCCGUGCAGUUUAGGGGUGGACCCCAGAGGUUUGAGGUGACUGGCUGGCUGCAGAUCCAAGCUGUGCGUCCCAGCGACGAGGGCACCUACCGCUGCCUUGCCCGCAAUGCCCUGGGUCAGGUGGAGGCCCCUGCUAGCUUGACAGUGCUCACACCUGAUCAGCUCAACUCUACAGGAAUCCCCCAGCUGCGAUCACUAAACCUGGUUCCUGAGGAGGAGGCUGAAAGUGAAGAGAGUGAUUACUACUAGAUCCAGAGUUCUGGCCCAUGGGGGUGGGUGAGCGCCUAUAGUGUUCAUCCCUGCUCUUGAAAAUGCCUGGAAAGGGGAGCAGGGUCCCUUCAUGGACUGCUUUCAUGCUCUCAGUAGGGGUGAUCAUGGGAGGCCUACUUGACUCCAAGGUAGCAGGGUGGUAGGGGAGAGAGAAAAGCUGGAGGACGAUAGGGAGAGAGGCUGAGACCAGGAGCUGUGGGGUACAGAGGAGCCCGUGCAGGAGAUGCCCUGGCCAGUAGGACCUCCAACAGACUGUUCCCCAGGCUGGGGUGGGGGCUGGAGCAGACACAAGAGGUGCAGGCACCAGGAUCUUCCACUUCUUCCAGCCCUGCUCAGCCACUCUUCUAACUGCUCUUCCUCCCAGGCCCUGGUUCUUGCUCUUUCCUGGUCCCCAACAUUUACCUAGCUUGUUUACCUCUUCCCCAAAGUCAUCUUCCAGAACUUUUCCCUCUCUCCUAAGCCCCAGUUGCACCUACGAACUGCAGUCCUCUUUGCUGUCUGCUGUCUUUUGUACAGGAGAGAGUGCAGUGGAGCAUGGCUUAGUUCAGUGCAGAGAGAUGGGCGAGGCCAGCUCCAGAUCUUAUACCACUCUGUACUGGGCAAAGCCUAGCACAGGGCUAGGCAUCAAUAAAGAUUUCUAAUGAACUGGGCCACACAGAUGCACACACAGUUUAUGCAGUUGUGCACAUGAAAAUGGAAUAUCCCUGGGAGGCCUCCCACACUAGCAGAACUCUGGCUUCCAGAAGCUACAGGGCCUGUUCUCUAAGCACAUGCCUGCCAGAUGUACAGAGAGAAGGCUUGAACUUGGGCCUACCCUGCCUUUGAGGGAGGGAGGUGGGGCCAUCUGGUUGGAGGGAAGGCAUAAUCCCAGUCUGCCCUCCAUUGGGGCUGGUAUAGAUACCUGCUUCUCUGCUCAUCUUACGCCGAACACUUCCCCAGGCAGAAUGGGGAAUCAGGCCUAUGUGGAUAGCCCCCCGAAAUGAAAGCAUAAACUGGAUAGAGGGGAGCA